GCUGUGAGUGUCCUUUACGGCAGGCGUCUGCGUCUCCCUGAAGCCGGCGGUCGUGAACUGCGACCAGGGAGCUGACAAGGACGCUUCUGUAGUGCGCCAUGCCUUUCCUUGAAGUGCAGAAGAAGCUAGGCAUCAGCCUAGAUCGGCACUUCGUAUUCCAAAGCGCUGAACAGCCCUACAAGAUCCCCUCUCGAUGCCAUGCUUUUGAGAAAGAGUGGAUAGAGUGUUCCCAUGGGAUCGGGGCUACCCGGGCUAAAGAAGAGUGCAAGAUAGAGUACGAAGACUACAACGAGUGCUACCUCCGGUUCAAGACGUUGAUGCGCCUGAGUGAAAUCAAACAACAUCGGGAAAAGCUAAUCAAAGAGGGGAAAUAUACCCCUCCACCUCACUUCGUGGGCAAGGGGGAGCCCAGGCCCUGAGCAGAGCAGCUGGAGGCUGCUUGUCAUGUUGCUUUCCACUGGGAAGGAAGUUUAAUGAAAGCUUCUUCAUCAAGUAUAUAAAAAUAAAGAAUUACUGGAUCUUA